GAAAGGUCAGUUUCUCUCCAUUUCUGUCUGUAGACGAACAGCGUCGUCAUGGUGCCGCUGGUCGCGCUUCUGCUGCUCUCAAUGCUCAAUGUUGCGCAGUGUAUCGACAUGCUACAGCUGCGCACUCUGUCGCCAACCACAUCACAGCAGUUCCGCGUGAAGACUGCGGCAUUCGGCGCUGCUUUACCGCGGGUAUCGUGGCCUUCAGCCUCCUACUCAAGCGUCACUGGACAGUUGCUUGUAAACGAGGCUUCUUCGACACCCGAUCAAUCGCGGAGACUCGUGCAGGCUCAAAUGACGACCGAUUGUAGCAGAAUGAAGCCUGUAAGCGAAGAAGUGAUCGCAUUUCCCAAGCAGGCAGCACUGCUGAUCCCUCGCAGUGUCACGUGUUCCAUGGAGCAACAGGCGCUAGCGGCUCGGCAGGCAGACGCAUCACUGGUUAUUAUACGUGACUCAAUUGCAGGCGCAUUCGCUGCCGAGCUGAGCCACAGCGCGUACUAUGACUGUACACUUGGAGAGGAAACGGUAACGACCAAUAGCUCCAUCUUCCCGGAGCUUGCAGACCCUUUUUCAGCCUGGGCAUGUUCGUCUAAACCCGCAUGUGUGACAAACGCUUGUGUGCUGACGGGUAAUACUGCGGAGAUAUCAACAGAUCGGUUCCAAGCCUGUUGUUUUACGAGUAAUUGGCUGCAGAUGCAGCCGACAAAGGCAGACGACGCAUCUGUGGACCUUGAUGUGGAUAUUCCAGUAUUAUUGGUUUCGUUCCAGGAUGGCAAUAGGAUUGACGAUACAGUGAGUAUAAUUGGUGAUGCAGAUGUACUGGUAUGGGCGCUCAAUACGGAAGAAACGCCGUGGAAUGUUUCGAUGCUGUUCACGUGGAUGCUUGGAGUGUUUACAGUCGUAGUAGCAGCGUAUUAUUCGUGCAGCGAAGAACGACAAUUGUCGUAUGAAAAGGUGGCUCGGAUGUUGGCUGGACGACUUGAUCGUAACCCAUCCAGCAGCUCCAUCUCGACGCUAGUGGAGUCGACAGCAAAUGAGUACGAGAGUAUAGACGACGACAGACUGGAGCUCAGUAGCAAGCACGCUCUAUACUUUUUAGUAGGGGCGUCUUGUGUGCUGGUGCUGCUGUACUACGUGCAUUUGUCUCUGAUACUUAGUGUAUUAUUCGCUGUGGGUGGGUCUGCAGCGCUCUCACAUGUGUUUACUCUCCCUCUUGUGGCUACUUUGGCGUCUCCGAACAGUAGUAAUUGUCAAGCUCUUUUACUACUUUUCGUGACAUUGUCGGGGCCUGCACUGGCUGUGUGUUGGUUUCUAGCGCGUACGCAGUCGUGGGUCUGGCCGAUACAGGACUUUAUGGCGUUGACGGUCUGUAUCGUGUUUAUUGACGUAGUCCGAUUACCGAAUCUACGAGUGGCUACAAGCAUUUUGACCGCAGCAUUUAUCUACGACGUGUUUUUCGUGUAUAUAUCACCGUUAGUCUUCGGUUCCAACGUCAUGGUAGACGUGGCAUCUGGAGGUGGAAGCACGCGGUUGAGUGGGGUUACGGAUGACAGUGAGGUUACUGUCCAGCCCACACCCAUGGUGUUGAGCGUUCCGCUGAUAUUCUCAGUGUAUGGCGGCGAAGCUCUUCUGGGGCUGGGAGAUAUUAUAUUUCCUGGUCUUCUUGUAGCGUUUUGCAUUCGAUACGACUAUUGCUGUGGACAACCGUUAUCGCGUGGAUACUUUUGUGUGGCUACGUGCGCGUACGCGUUUGGGUUGAUGGUCGCAAAUAUCAUGGCCAUUGUUCUACGAGAUGUCGUAGCUGGACAGCCAGCGCUCAUGUACGUUGUACCAACGAUGCUGGUUUCUGUGGCAGGAGUAGCUAGGAUAAACGGAGCAUUUGAGGAAAUGUGGGGUGGUCUAACAUGGCUUGGAGCACCAAGAUGCCACACUUCAGUCGAAGAAGAACUAGAAGCACAGCAACAAGGAGAGCAACUACCACUACUCUCUGAAAACUAAUAAAUUGAUAGUUUGAAAAAGAU